AUGAGGGUCGCAACUCGCUCCGCAGUUUUGCUAUUAGCUGAUGAGGAGAAAAUGAGCCCAAAAGAUGUCGAAAUGUUUUCGUACCAAGUUGAGACAUCCAUUGAGGCUUACAUGGCCCGAGAUGCGUCUCUACAAAAGCCAUACUCAUCGGACGACAUCUUUCUCUUCAUGAACUCAGACAAUUCAAUGUUUUCGUUUUUGCACCAAAAACAACCCCCUACGCUUUCUCAUCGGUCAUCAGACGCUACAAUUCUCAUCACAUCUUCGCGACUCCAGGACUUAGUCAACACACCUCCUUCUUUUCAAAAGAAAAACGUGAAAGGGAAACCUCACAACUUCCAAACCCUUUGUAAAGACCAACAAGGCUCUCGGAAAAUUCAACAAUUUAUCGAAGCUGCUACUGAUGAUGAACUUUCUCAGAUAUUUAUUAUUAUCCAACCCGCUAUAUUAGACUUGACAAUAGACCUUUUUGGAAAUUAUGUUGUACAGAAGUUGUUGGAGUAUGGACCACCUAAACUCAUCGUCGACGUGUUCAAACAAAUAUCAGGUAGCAUUGUACGUCUAUCACUCAACACGUAUGGGUGCCGCGUCAUCCAGAAAAUGUUGGAUGUCCUUCCAUCCAGUUGUCUUCAAGAUGUCGCAGAUGAGAUGAAGAGUAAUGUCGUUCUGUUUAUCGAAGACCAAAAUGGAAACCAUGUCAUCCAAAAGUUUAUCGACGCAAUCCCAGAAAUAGGGCUAGGGUUCAUCAUCAAAGAGAUAAAAGAGAAGGUUGUUGAUUUUUCAAAGCAUGCAUAUGGGUGCAGGGUAGUUCAGCGCCUCAUCGAGAAAGCCGCGUUUCUCCCAAUCGCAGGAAAACUCAUCGAAAAUGUGUGGGACCUUUCAGUCAACCAAUACGGCAACUAUGUGAUUCAGCACCUUGUACAACAUGGUAAUAAUUCUCAACGUGUCGCAAUUGUCAAAAACAUCAAAGGAAAGUUGUAUGAAUAUGCGAUGAAGAAAUACUCCAGCAACGUCGUUGAAAAGUGUUUGAGGUGUUGUGAAGAAAAGGAACAAAACGUAUUUGUCGAUGAAUUAUUUAGAAUGGAAGGUGAUGGGGAUAAAGUCAAAGAGAUGGUUUGCGACGCCUACGCCAACUAUGUUGUCCAGCGAAUUGUUGAAAUGAUGACCGAUAACCAACGAGAGAGUUUCUUUAAAAAGUUCAUCUUGCCAUAUCUUGACGCUUUAAAGAAAAAUACACAUGCAAAACACUUAGUACAGCAUAUAUCAUCUGUUAUAUCGUUAUGA